AUGAAAAAAUCAAAUUAAUUUAUAUCUGGAGAUAAAUCUGGAUCUAUUAUGAUUUGGUCAUAUAAUAAUAAUUAGUGGAAUUGUUCAUAAAAAAUUAAUGGACAUACAAAUUGGAUUUAAUGUUUAAUUAUGAAUAAUAAUGAAGAUCUUUUUAUAUCAAGUAGUAAUGAUAAAUGUAUAAAGUUUUGGAUUAAACAACAAGAAUGGAUCUGUUAAUAAACAAUCAAUAAUCAUACUAGUAGUGUUUAUUAAUUAAGUUUAAAUGAAUAAUAAAAUUAAGUUAUUUCAUGUGGAUAUGAUAAAUAAAUAUUAAUAAUAGAAUAUUCAGAAUAUUAGAAAAAAUGGAUUAUAUUAUAAACUAUCAAAGUUGAUUGUUAUGGAUCUCGAAUAUGUUUUAUUGAUGAUAAUCUAUUUACAUUUCAACCUUGUGAUGGCAAUUUAAUGUAUGUUUAUGAGAUGGAUAGUGGUAAUAAAUAGUUCACUAAAACUAAAGAUAUUACUGUCAAUUAAGGAGAUGAUUUUUAUGCUUUAUUCCCAUAAUAAUAUAUUAAAUAGAAAUAAUUACUUGUGGUUAAACAUGGUUAUUAUAUCAAUUUAAUAAGAAAAACACAAAAUAAUCAAUUUAAAGUUGAGUAAUCUAUUUAAUUUGGUGAAAAAUUAAUAUAUGGGUAAAUGAGUGACAAUGGAGACUAUUUAAUUAUUUGGGAUAGAUCAUCUGAAGAAAUAUAAAUUAGAAAAUGUAUAGAACAAUGA